CUCCGCCCCAGAACCAGCCGAGAGCCGACCAAGGCGACAGGCGAGGCCGCAACCCACAAGCCGACGCUGACGUUGACGCCGACGCGGCCGCCGCCUCUUCUCGUCCUCCUCUCUCUCCUUCCCUCUGCUGCUGCGGAGCGGACUGCUGAUCCGUCCGGGCUUGUGGUACAGGAAACUCUUGGGCUUAUACUUUGCAGCAAUCGCCUUUUUUUGUCACAUGGAGAGCGCUGAGCCUCUACAGGAUGUCAUGUGUGAGUUUCGUGCCGGUAAGAUGUCUCUUGAGGGAACACGAGUGGUUCCAGACACACGCAAGGGGCUUGUUCGUGUUGGUAGGGGUGAAGAAGGCUUAGUCCACUUUCAGUGGCUUGAUCGUGGACAGAACAUAGUUGAAGAUGACCAAAUUGUCUUUCCUGAUGAGGCCGUCUUUGAGAAGGUAACAGAAUCAUCUGGAAGGGUUUACAUCUUGAAGUUCAAGCAUGACGGCAGAAAAUUCUUCUUCUGGAUGCAGGAACCAAAUGCUGAUGGGGACUCCCAGAUUUGCAUCCAAGUUAAUGCCUACAUAAAUCGACCAUUAGAUGCUGAGGCAGAUCUUGCAGUGCCUAUCGAAGCAGAAAUGUCUGAAGAUACAGCUGAUGAUGAUAUCUCUUCCAGAGCUGGGAAUUUAGUUGAUCAGAGCAUGACUUCUGAUUUAGCUGGUGAAGUGACAUCUGCUGCUGGACCUGUACGCUUGGAGGACCUGCAAAGAAUACUGAGUGCAAUACAGCCAUCAGGUAUAUCAGGUGCUGCAGCUGACCCUGAUGCUGGACUAGGACUAGGAGACAUCUUGAAGCCUGAAUUGGUCUUGCCAUUAAUUGAGAACCUGCCCAUUGAACAAUUGGCAUCACAUCUUCCGGAGGGCUCAUGGACUCCCGCUGAUAUCCUUGAGCUUCUCCAAAGUCCUCCUUUGCGUCAACAACUAGAUGCAUUCACCCAUGUGCUACGGACUGGGCAAAUAGAUCUUGCCCAAUUUGGAGUUGACCCGAGUAAAUAUAAGUUCACAGUGGUCUCAUUCCUGGAGGCUUUGGAAGAUUCGGUUGCCAAAGCUGGAUCAUCCUCUGCGGCUGGAGACAAGGAUGUAGAGCCCAAGCAAGGCGGUGGAAGCGAUCCCAUGGACGAGAGUUGAUAGGGCAGCACCCUUGUGGGUGUUUGAAAUACGAAUGUAAUGCUCAUGUGUGAGAAGUCUUGUGUUUGCAUGAAACGCUCAUGGUAACUUGGCACGCUACAAGCAGAUUUCUUGAUGAAUUUUGGACAUUUUGUGAGCUAGUACUAGGCGGCAGGAUUAUUUGGGGCAAGAAUUUUGGACGUUUUGUGGACUAGUACUAGGCGGCAGGAUUAUUUGGGGGUAAAAAGCAUGCCCUCUUUCUUUGCUAA